UUCUGCAAAUGUUCUGCACAGGGAUUUAAAACCAAGCAAUCUCCUAUUGAACGCCAAUUGUGACCUAAAAAUAUGUGAUUUUGGACUGGCUCGUGUCACUUCUGAAACUGAUUUUAUGACUGAAUAUGUUGUGACAAGGUGGUAUCGUGCACCAGAGCUGUUGUUAAAUUCUUCAGAUUAUACUGCAGCUAUUGAUGUAUGGUCAGUUGGCUGUAUUUUUAUGGAGUUGAUGGAUCGAAAACCAUUAUUUCCUGGAAGAGAUCAUGUGCAUCAGCUGCGAUUGCUUAUGGAGCUGAUCGGCACCCCUUCGGAGGAAGAGUUAGGGUUCUUGAAUGAAAAUGCAAAAAGAUACAUUCGGCAACUUCCUCUUUAUCGCCGUCAGUCCUUCACCGAAAAGUUUCCAAAUGUGCACCCUGCCGCUAUUGAUCUUGUUGAAAAGAUGUUAACUUUUGAUCCCAGGCAGAGGAUCACAGGUGAGGUUAAAAUUGAAUUGUGUUAAUUUCCUUUGACCUUUGCAUGUAUUAUGAUUGACAUGCAGACAUAUUUUCAAGCACUUUGAUAGUCAU